AUGCUGACUCUCCCGGCUCAUGUCAAACGUCGCCGCGACGACGAUUCCGACUCAGCUGACGAGAGGUCCCUAAAGAGAUCGCGCAGUCGUUCCUUUUACCCAGCCGACCAGCAGCCCGCAUCGACCCAGCUCCACCAGCUGCCCCUGCGACUCUCAGAGACCCCGCCGAGGUACUAUGGCUUCCCCGACGCCAUGACACCUGCUCACUCGGAGCACUCCAGUGACGCCUCUCCUGCCUCGUUAAGCCAGGACGAUGUCGAUAUGGACGACGAUGACCUCGACAUCAUCUGCUCGCAGCCUCCAGACUCUCCUACGGCUCCCUUCUUGCGCCCCCCACGCUUGAACGCCCAGCUGUUUCAGGAGUCGAAUUCAGGAGGCCGCAUUCCUACGCCCAUACACGGCGCUUUCUAUCCCCGCUUACCAACCCGCUCUGCGAGCGACGUCAGUUCGAUGGACCUAGAAGAUCUGUCAGGGCUUCCGGUCGUUGGCAGAAAGCCGCCCGAACGAGAUCGACGCAUGCCCUCUCCCAUCAGCGAGGACGAAGCGACAGAGAGCCAGCUCUCGCGUCUCUCCGUCGGCGGCGCAGAAGAAAUGGACAUGGAAGACGCCGUGCGAUCGCCAAGCCAGACCACCAAAACUGGAAGGGCGAGAAGCGGUGCGUUUACGGACAAGCGGAAGUUCUCUAUGGGCUACCGCGACGACUGUGAUAAGUGUCGAGCGAGAGUUCCGGGCCAUUACAGUCAUUUUCUACCUGCUUAA